AUGGACACCAAAGUGCCUCCAGACCUUUCCACUCUGCCAGCAGACGUCGAAGUUCCAGAGGAUUUACGCCACUCUCCCCCGGCAAGCCCUGGCAUCUGCAUGGCAGCACCCGAUGCUAGCUGUGCCGCGGACUUGCAGUGCUUGCUGAUGCAGCAGCACAGGGAGAUCAUGCAGCAGUUGGCAGCACAGCAUUCUACAUUGCAGAAUGUUGUGUUCAAAGCACGCCUUCAAACUACUGGUAGCCUUAUGGAGCCCGCAGCAUCUCCAUCCCCAGUUACAGAACGCCAGUCGAUCCGGUCCAGUGUGGCUUCCUCAGCCAGCUCGAUUAGAGAAGUGGAAGCCAGCAUGAGCAUGAAAGCGGAACAAUCGUCGUCCUCGCCUGGUCUUGGUCCGCAGCGCCGGUAUCUGAAGACUUUCUCAGCACUUGACCGCGCACUUCGACGAGCGGCUUCCGAAGUGCAUCGAUCAAAGAAGGAGCUGCUCCCAUCUCAUGCGGAAGGUGCAGAUUCCAGGCAUGGCUGCCUUGUCGAGAUUUGCUCACAUCCGUUCUUCGAAGCAGGCUGCACCCUCGCGGUUCUGGCUAAUGCGAUUUUCAUCGGAUUCGAAACCCAGCAUGCUAUCCAAUAUCCCGGGUCGUUGCCGCCGGAGUUUUUUUUCACACAAGCAGCCUUUGCAGCAAUAUUUACGGUGGAGCUCUUGAUGCGAAUCGGCGCCGGUGGCAAGCGUGUCUUCUUUUCGAACGAGUGGAUGUGGGGCUGGCUGGAUCUCGUUGUUGUGGUCACCUCCGUGUGGCAACUGGUGAAUGAUGCUCUUAUCCUGUACUCGGAAGAUGCGGGGCGAAGUGGUUCUGCUACAACUUUAUCCAGCAUCCGGGCCUUCAGAAUCAUCCGUGUUGCACGCAUCCUGAGAGCCGUGCGAAUCGUCAAAGUCCUCCGCUUUGUGACGGCGCUGAGAACAUUGGUCACCUCAAUAUUUCAUACACUCAAGUCUUUGUUCUGGGCGAUGGUGUUGCUGGUGCUCAUCGUCUAUGUCUUUGCAGCACUGUUCUCGCAAGCGAUUCACGACCACAUGAACUCUGCGGGUGAUUCAAUGGAUACGGAGGACAUAGAGGCUGCUCGCCGCUAUUAUGGGUCGCUGGCCUACACCAUGCUCAGCCUCUUCAUGAGUAUCUCUGGUGGCGUGAGCUGGUUUGAGGUCAUUCGUCCCCUCGAGGAGGCGCAUCGGGCGAAGAUUCGUCGACUAUUCAGCCAAUUCGGCGGGGAGGACUGCACGACAAUUACCUUUGCGAUGUUUGAGGAGACGAUCAAAUCGCCAGAGGUUCGUGAAUAUUUUGAAAGCUUGGGCCUUGAUAUCUGGGAUGCAUGGUCGUUCUUCAAGCUGUUGGAUCUGGACGCUGGUGGUGAGGUGGAGAUAGACGAGUUCCUGAUGGGAUGUUUGCGAUUGAGAGGCAAUGCGCGGGCUGUCGAUGUUGGAAAACUUAUCCAUGAUCAAACCUGGCUCAUCAAAAUGUUCGGACGCUUUCAAUGCCAUGUGGAGGAUCAGUUGUCUCAGCUGACUGCGGCGCUGUCAGUGCCGUUGAGAUCCGAUGGCAUUGAAACAGUGUGUGACGACCUUGGCUCUGGAUUUGGGCCAGAUCUUGCUUGCACGCCUUUGAAGCACCAUCAGAUUGCCUCGGUGCACUAUCCGUGA